AUGUCAUUCUACUUGUUCGUUUAUGGCACUCUGAAGAGGGACGAACCAGAACACCAUUAUCUUGAAUAUGAGACAAAUGGAACCUCCAAAUUUGUGUCUACAGCUCAGACUGUGAAGCGUUAUCCGCUUAUUAUAGAUACUCAGUACAACAUUCCCUUCCUUAUUCAUCGAGAAGGUAUGGGACACAGAAUUUUGGGAGAAAUUUACGAAGUAGAUGAGCGCAUGAUGAAAACUAUAGACGAGCUGAAAAGUCAUCCAAAUUUAUAUUGUAGAUUACAAGACAGUGUUCGUAUUUUCGUUGAAGAUGAAGAAGAUGUAAAGAAUAUUCCUGUGAUGAAAUGCUGGAUGUAUUUCAUAACUGAUCUAAAGAGAGAUGUUGGUCCAGUGAUGCUUCGUUCGUACCAUUCUGAUGGUUAUCAUGGAAGACCAUUUUUGCUGAGAGGAUCCUGUUUCAAGGCAGUGAAUGGAUUUGAUGUGUGGAGGAUGAAUCUUGAAGAUGAAUCUGGAAGAUCAGCAGAAUAG